UUGGGGGUGCCCCUCUCCAUCUCCCCCCCGCAGGCCGAGGAUGGCGGAGGGGGGCUCUGGCGAUGCAGGCUCCGGGGCCAGCCUGCGCCCGGGGCUGCCGGGGGCGCGGGGGCUGCUGGGGCGGCGGCCCGGGGCCCCCCCCGUCACCCCCGGGCGCCUGCCCUCCAUCCGCUCCCGAGACCUCACCCUGGGCGGCGUCAAGAAGAAAACCUUCACCCCCAACAUCAUCAGCAGGAAGAUCAAGGAGGAGCCCAGGGAGGAAACCUCGGUCAAGAAGGAGAAGAAGGAGCGGGAGCGGCAGCGCGAUGGGCAGGGCCGGGGCCGGGGCCGGCCUGCGGUCAUCCAGUCCCACUCCAUCUUCGAGCAGGGGCCCGCUGAAAUGAUGAAGAAGAAAGCAGGCUCCUGGGACAAGACCGUGGAUGUGUCGGACUUUGGCCCUUCCCACAUCAUCAACAUCAAGAAGGAGAAGAGGGAGACGGACGAGGAGACGAAGCAGAUCCUGCGGAUGCUGCAGAAGGAUGAUUUCCUGGAUGACCCAGGCCUGAAGAACGACAUCCGGAACAAGCCGGUGCAGCUGCCCCUGGCGCACUCGGGCUGGCUCUUCAAGGAGGAGUCGGGGGAGCAGGAGGAUGCUGAGCCCUGGCUGCCCGGCCCCAAGGAGGAGAAGAUGGAGCUGGACCCAUCGGCGGUGAAGGUGAAGGAGGAGCCGUGCGAUGAGGCCCCCCCCCGGCCCGCACCCAGCAGGGCCCCCCCCGGCUUCCCCCGGGACGUGCCGGUGUCGGAGCUGCUGCAGCGCCUGCGGCUCUCGGCCCAGGAGGAGCUGCUGUUCCUGCAGCUCCCGGACACGCUGCCGGGGCAGCCCCCCAGCCACGACACCAAACCCGCCCGCCCCGACCCGCACGGCGAGGACGCAGCGGCGCUGCUGGGCAAGCAGGACAAGAGCCAGGAGCUGAGGCAGGCAGAGAACACGUGCACCCUGAGCGACCUCCCCGAGGGACAAGUGGGGAAGCUGCUGGUCCGCAAGUCGGGGAAGGUGCAGCUGGUGCUGGGCAAAGUGACCCUGGACGUGACCAUGGGCACCCCCUGCUCCUUCCUGCAGGAGCUGGUGUCGGUGGGCAUCGGGGACGGCCGCACCGGGGAGAUGAUGGUCCUGGGCCACGUCAAGCACAAGCUCGUUUGCUCCCCGGACUUCGAGGCGCUGCUCGAGCACCGGCACCGGUAGCACCGGGAGAGCUGGG